UGCCUGGAAGAGCAGCCACAAGACACGGAGGCUGCUCCUCGGCCACUGUGGGGGGGCCUAUCCAAUAAGCAUCAUGAGAACCAGGGGAAUCUUCUUCAGUUUGACCGGCAAGCCCUGGGCCGCAUUUCUACCUCUCCCACGCUGAGGAGACUGAGGGGCAGGGGCUGGAGGACGCGGCCCUCACCGCCCCAGGAAGAUGCCUUAGAUACACACACCGAUGGAAGCUGCGGGGGACCUACAGACAAUCUUCCCAAGAGUCUGCCUGAAAACCCAAAGGAUGCUCCAAAGCUGACAUCAUCCCUGACGCCAGGGACAAGCUCGCCUUCCUCCGUGCAGACAGCGUUCAACAUUGCCCACUCGCUCGAGCCCCCAGCCAAGCCCUCUGAUGAGUGUGCCCUGCCCAUGCUUCAGACCAUCCAUGAGGGACCCCUUCUGCAGGCUUCUCUGCUCACCUCACGUCACCCAAAUCCUCAGGGAACACAGGUAAACCCGUCCAGGUUCUAUGAGCACAGGCGGAGUUCCGUGGUGCUGAACUUACCUGGACUUGAAGUGUUCCCUGGGGACCUUCUGGUGUCAGACGGAGCUGCUGAUUACCUGUGCCACCCACUUCUGCUGCUGAAUUCAGAAUCCAAAAAACCAAGAUGGCCUUUCUCCAAAAGGGGAGUGGGCAAAGACAGACACAAGCACAUACUGGAUCUGGAAAGUUGCCUCUCCUCCAUGAAGACGACAGACAGCAGGGACUAUGAGUUCUGCGGCCUGAAGGAUAAGACCUGGAAUGAUGUCAUGGAAACACAUCAGAAUCUUCCUAAUGACCAACCAGAUCUGAGAAAGCAGCUGGAGGCUGUGUGGGAACUUUUCACAAGUGAAUGCACUUACUUCUUGGACCAUUUAUUAGUCCUUAAGAUGGUCUUUAUGAAUACACUAAAAUAUCUGCAGAUUCAUGAAUAUCUCCUGGAUGUGAAUUUAUGGAGGCUUUUUGCAAACCUGGAAGAGUUAACUCAGACAAGCCUGGGUUUUGCAAAUAGUCUUUUCGGAGUCUUCAAGGAUUAUAUAGAUGCUUCUGAGACUACACCACCAAUGGAUUUUGUUUCUGUGCUCACAAAGUGCUUCCGCGGGCGCCUCUGUCCCAGCCACCAGACCUACUGCCUGAACUACUCCACUGCGGUCUUCUACCUGGAACGCCUCAGACACAGAGAUGACUUCAGCAUUUACUUAAAAUGGUGUGAGCAAAGCGAACACUGCAGACGGCUGCGCCUGACUGAGCUGCUGGUAGCUCCGCUGCACAGGCUUACUCGGUAUCCCUUGUUGCUGAAGAAUAUCUGGAAGAGAAGCACAGACCCUACUGAGAAAAUCGUGAUCUACUCCAUCAAGGAAAAGGUGGAAAAGUCCAUCAGAGAUCUGGAAGGGAAAGUGAAGUGGCUUGACAAUUACCAAAAAUUUAAGCAUCUGCAGGACAUCAUAGUGUGGCCUCCCCUUUGGGAGAGAGAUAAAAGAUUUUUCAUUCCAGAGUGUUUGAAACACAUUUUCAAAGAGCACAUGGCAGAAACCAUCUUGUCACCAACCAGCAGACACCUCAUCUAUGAAGGAAAAUUAACUCUUACAGAAAGCACAAGAUUCCUGGAUGUUUAUCUGUUUCUCUUUGAUGAUUUCCUCUUGGUUACAAAACCAAAGCGCAACAAAAAGAAGCUUGGAGGAUUGGACACUGGUUUAGUAUGUCCUUCACUUACUCCUGAACUGCAGACAGCUGUAAAAGAAGGAGUCUCAUGCACAGUACUUGAUCAGCCCAUUCCACUAGAUAGACUGGCAGUCAAAAGUAUUGAUCCACUCCACAUGUCAGUUUUUGGACUGAGAAAUGCUUUUCUUAUCCAACAUGAAAACAGAUACCACCAGUGUGUUGCAGCAUUCUUAUUACAAGCCCAAACAGAAAAUAUCAAAAAAAUGUGGAUGGCACAAAUAACAGCAGCAAUCUCCUGCUUCACCAAGAGUCAGGAAACCAAGAAAGUGUCCCUAUUCACGUUGUCUUCAGAAUCUUCUGAAAUUUAAAGACUAAACACAAGUAACAAGCCUCUUCUGAACAGUAGGGCUUACGUUUUAACUUUAUUCAAGCUUCUAUUAACACUCACUAGUGUCAACCUAGAAGGGAAUGUGCAGUUUAAAGCAGUUUCAGAA